CCUUUGGACUCACACAAAACAAACAAACAACAAAAAUGGAACUUUUAUAUCUAGUACUCUCCUCCAUUGUAUUUUUCUUCUUCCUCCUUCACGGCAUCCACCUCCACCGUAACCGGAAGAUGCCACCCGGCCCUAGCGGCCUCCCGAUCAUCGGAAACCUCCUUGACCUUGGCCCAAAACCACACGAGUCCCUAGCCAAACUCUCCAAAAAACACGGUCCACUUAUGACCAUCCGCUUGGGUAGCAUCACUAGCGUGGUUGCCUCCACACCCGAAGCCGCUAGAGAAAUCCUCCAACGCAAUGACGAGGCGUGCUCAGGCCGUAUUGUCCCAGACGCGGUCACAGCCUUAGCCGACCAUGAUGCGGCCGUGCUAUGGAUUCCAGCAAACGAUGAAUGGCGAACCAUUAGAAAAGCCCUCAACACGUACCUCACACACCAACACAAACUCGACACGCUUCGCGAUCUUAGACAAAACGUGGUGGAGGGGAUGUUGGACUUCCUUAAUGAGUCCGGGCGCAAGAAGGCGGGCGUGGACAUAGGAAAGUUGGCAUUCGCGGUCGCGCUCAACCAGAUGUCCAACACUUGUGUGUCACAAAACGUGACAAGCUACGAGUCUGAUGAUAUUGGGGGGUUUAAAACAGCCGUGAAGACAUUGAUGGAAGUUGAUGGGAAGUUUAACAUAGCGGACAUAUUUCCGGUGUUGAAACCCUUGGACCCGCAGAACAUACGGCGCCAGGCGAAGGCGGCUUAUGAUUGGUUCGAUAAGGUGACAGAAGGCUUCAUAAGCGAGAGGUUAAAGCAUCGAGAGUCCAAGCUUCCGAGGUUUGGUGAUAUGUUGGAUUCAUUGCUGGAUUAUAGUGAAGCUAAUGAAGCCGAGUUUAACUUCAAACACAUCAAGAUUUUACUUGUGGAUUUGUUUCUAGCUGGAACCGAAACAAGUUCGAACACAACAGAAUGGGCAAUGACGGAAUUGUUACUCAACCCUAACAUGUUCUCAAGAGUUCGCGAAGAAGUCUCCACGACAGUGGGGAAAGAUGGAAAAAUUCAAGAAGCCAAAAUCCUUGACUUGCCUUAUCUUCAUGCUGUCAUCAAAGAAACAAUGCGACUUCAUCUAUCUGUGCCUUUAUUAGUACCUCAUAAAACUGAAUGUGAAGUUAAACUAGGUGAAUAUAUUGUGCCAAGAAACACACAAAUUUUGGUGAAUGCAUGGGCCAUGGCGCGUGACCCUAAGUAUUGGGAAAACCCAACAAUGUUCAAUCCAAAGAGAUUUCUAGAAAAUGAGCUCGACUACAAGGGUCAAAAUUUUGAAUUUAUACCAUUUGGAUCAGGUCGAAGGAUGUGUCCCGGAAUACCCUUGGCUCAUAGGGUGGUUAGUUUAAUGGUGGCAUCAUUUGUUUAUCACUAUGACUGGAAGUUGCCUCAUGCUAGAGAAGAUAUGGACAUGAAUGACAUUUUUGGCCUUACAUUGCUUAGAGCAACACCUCUAGUUGCUACCCCUGCACCAGUCAUACAAAGUGCAUAAAACAUAAAGCUUGCAUUCGCUUGUUAUUAAUUAGUGCUAAUAAUUACCAUUGUUAUUGUUUUGAGACAUUAUACAAAAUAAAUGAUAGGUGUGGCUUUAAAUUGUAAGCAUUUAUAUACUAUUUUAAAUUGUGUAUCUUCUCUAUAGAUUAA